AGUCUUAAGAAUCAGAGAUCUUGCAGCAGUUGUUCAUAUCUUUUUUGUAUUCCCAGCAGCACCAGCGGAGGAUUCAUGAGCAUGGAUACAGUCAUGCCAACCUGGGAGACAGAAACCACCUCAAUAAAUGUCAGUUUUCAAUAUAUUCUUCCAUACUGCUAUAAGAAGAAUCUUAUCCUGGCUUUCCUGUCCCUCAUCAUUGCCCUGAUCGGUGUGGCAGGAAACGCAGUUGUGCUCUGGAUCCUGGGCUUCUGUGUCCGCAGGAAUGCCUUCUCCAUUUAUAUUCUCAACCUGGCUGCAGCUGACUUUCUCUUCCUCUGCUUCCAGAUCAUAGACUUCCUGUGGAAAAUCAUUAACUUCUUCCAUCCCAACUCCAUCGCCAUUCCCACAUUCAUCAUGGUUGUGUCAAUCUUUGCCUAUCUUGCAGGGCUAAGCAUGCUCAGUGCCAUGAGCAUUGAGCGCUGCAUGUCUGUCCUUUGGCCCAUCUGGUACCGCUGCCACCGCUGGAGACACACAUCAGCUGUCGUGUGUGCCUUGCUUUGGGUCCUGUCGCUGUCACUGAGCAUACCUGAAGGGAAGAACUGUGGCUUCCUGAUUAAGUGGUAUGACUAUGAAUGGUGUCAAACAUUAGAUUUCAUCACUUCCGCCUGGCUGAUGGUUUUAUUUGUCACCCUCUCAGGAUCCAGCCUAACCCUGAUUGUCAAAAUCCUUUGUGGCUCCCAGAGAGUGCCACUAACCAGGUUAUAUGUGACCAUUGGGCUCACGGUGCUGGUCUUCCUCUCCUUUGGCUUGCCCUUUGGGAUAAACUGGUUCCUCUUAUCCUGGAUCCUGAGAUAUGAUGUUAUUCCUUGUGGAUCCUAUUGGGUUACAGUUGUUCUGUCCUGUGUUAACAGCUGCGCCAACCCCAUAAUUUACUUCUUUGUUGGCUCCUUUAGGCAGCGGCGGUGGAAGCGAAGAACCCUCAAGCUGGUUCUACAGAGGGCCAUGCAGGACACCCCUGAUGAGGGUGACUCUGGAAGCAGGGUUUCAUCAGGAAACCUUGGAGAGUAAGCAACAGUCUGGGGCAACUCACAGGAGCCUCUGCUUUAAUCAGACACAUGUGAUUCUGAGAGCCUUCCUGGCCCCAUCAGUAUAGGAGAUGCUCAGAACCUGGUUCAGUUGGUUACCUAGUUUUAAAUCAGGAGAUAAUAAUUGUCCAUAUCUCCAGUGUGACAGGGCUGUUAAACACUGAUUACUGUGUCUCUCUACCUGCCUUACUCAGGUGCUUUACCUCAUUUGCUUGUGAGACUCAUCAGCUCAGGGGUCCAGGACUGCUUCUACUU